AACAAACAUUCAUCAAACGUUUCUUUGAUGAUGAUGAUGAUGGACAUCAGAUGAAGCCGAUGAAGAUGAAGCUGAUGAUGAAGGUGGACUGAGUCCUUCAGGAAUGUGAGCUGGACCUUCAGGUCUCGGCUCGGUUCGGUUCUGUUCGGUUCGGGUCGUCAUGCGGUGCCUCCUGGCUUCAGUCGGCGGGCUCCUCUUGCGGGAGGCCGGCAUGCUGCUCCGCCGCCGGUCGUGUUCCGGCCCGCUGCUGCUGCUCGGAGUGGCCGUGUGUCUGUUCUACCAGACCCUGGUGGUGGCUCGGAACCGGCUACGGUCCGGACCGCAACAACCCGCCGCAGACAUGCGCAGUAGGAAGGCGGGAGAGGACGGCGUGAUGGAAGAGACCCGGAAGUUCAUCUCAACCUUGGAGAGCCUACAGAGACACAGACAGGUCCAGCUGUGGUCCCAGCAGCCCCCCCUGCGCCGUCGGGCCGUAGUUCUGACGGGUCGACACCCGGUCUCAGACACAGAGGUCCAGCUGUACCAGCGAGUUCUGCAGCAGAUGAACUACGAGGUCCAGCUGUCCCGAUACGCAGAGACCAGCAGCUUCCUGAGAACCAACCACGGUGUGAGUGGGUGGAGCCUGUUGCUGUGUCUCAGCUCUGCAGAGAGAAGCUGUCUGAGGAGAGUGUCCUUCUCUCACCUGCAGCAUCAUCAGAUGGUAAACCUGUUGCCCGUGGUGACGGAGGUGUUCUCUGAUGCAGGUGGAGGUCUCUGUGACUUCUUUGCCCGAUCUCACCUGACAGGAUCUGAAUUACCCAUGAGGCCUUACGCCUGUGGAUCGUCCAAUCAGAAGCUCCAGAUUCCUGAGGACUCAACGGGCGUGGACAGACACCCACCUGUCAGAGCCCCGCCUUCCACUCUGGUUGCCAUGGUGAAUGUUUACGUCCUGGUGACCUCGGUGAGCCCGCUGACCGCCUUCCUGCAUGACAUCAGUGUGGUGAUGACCAAUCAGGAGCAGAGGGGGCGGGCCACAAAGCUCGGGAACUUCCUGCUGCAGCAGCUCGGACCAGCCGCCUCCCAUGAGGCUUUGAGGCAGGUGAAGAAGGUGAUAGGUGACGUGCUGCAGGCCGCCAUGUCGACCAAUGAGAAGCCACCAACUCUGCACAGGUGUGUGUUGUGUUACCAGCUGCUCACCUUCACUCUGCUCUUCACCCACUCUGUCUCACCUGUGGUCAUCCAGGUGGACACAGACGUGACCUUCUUGUCUCUGAGUGACGACACAUUUGAUGGACAGAUCACCAAAGACCUGAUCCUGGAGGACACACUCCACUUCCUGCUGCUGUCACACACACACCUGUCCUCAGAGACGCACACACACCUGUCCUCAGAAACGCACACACACCUGUCCUCAGAAACACACACACACCUGUCAGAGGACGAGUUUCUUCUUCUUCUUCAGUUUCAGCAGCAGAUGAAGACAGCGUCAGCGUUUGAGCUGUUAUAUCCCAGGAGCUCUUCCUCCUCCUCCUCCUCUUCAUCCUCUUCAUCCUCUUCAUCCUCCUCCUCCUCCUCUUCAUCCUCUUCAUCUUCUUCAUCCUCUUCCUCCUCCUCUUCCUCCUCUUCUUCUCCCUCUUCUUCCUCCUCCUCCUCCAAUCCUCUUGGCGUCUCUGAUCUUCUGAUCCGGAUCAGUCGUUUUUACGAGCUGCAGAGGAAUCAGAGCUUCAGGACUGAUGAGACAGACGAACCAACCAAUCAGGCUCUGUCAUCACAUGAUGAAGCUGAAGGUCCAUGUCUGGACCCCCACCUCAGACAGAUCUACACCGACCCCCCCCUCACUCUGACCCCGCCCUUCAGCCCCUGGGUGAAGGAGUACCGCGCCGAGGUGACCUUUGACACAGUGAUGGUCCGAAUCCGUCCAGAGCCCAUCAGCUCAGCCUGCCGGAUCCACCUGGACGAGCACCGAGGGCCCAGGAUGGCGAACUACCCGGUAGGCCUUGGCAACAGCAAGAUCAGCAUCCUGGUGACGGACGAUGCCGAGCUGGAGCCUGUUGUCAUGACGAUCUACACGGUCCACAUGUACCGCGAGAGCCGGCCCAUUCUGCCCAUGUUUGGAGAUCACGUCAUGUGCAGCUUCCUACAGGUAGGUCAGCUGUUUUCCUAUUGGCUGCUGGGCUGUGGAGAGGCAAUCCACUGCAUGGACGUCUACAGUCACUGCGAGGAUGUUUACUGUCACUGCAAGGACAUCUACAGUCACUGCAAGGACGUCUGCUGUCACUGCAAGGACGUCUACAGUCACUGCGAGGACGUUUACUGUCAGUGCAAGGACGUCUACAGUCACUGCGAGGACGUCUACAGUCACUGCGAGGACGUUUACUGUCACUGCAAGGACGUCUACAGUCACUUCGAGGACGUUUACUGUCACUGCAAGGACGUCUACAGUCACUGCGAGGACGUUUACUGUCAGUGCAAGGACGUCUGCUGUCACUGCAAGGACGUCUGCUGUCACUGCAAGGACGUCUACAGUCACUGCGAGGACGUUUACUGUCAGUGCAAGGACGUCUACAGUCACUGCGAGGACGUCUACAGUCACUGCGAGGACGUUUACUGUCACUGCGAGGACGUCUACAGUCACUUCGAGGACGUCUACAGUCACUGCGAGGACGUCUACAGUCACUUCGAGGACGUCUACAGUCACUUCGAGGACGUCUACAGUCACUUUGAGGGCGUCUACAGUCACUGCGAGGACGUCUACAGUCACUGCGGGGACGUCUACAGUCACUGCGAGGACGUCUACAGUCACUGCCAGGACGUUUAUUGUCAGUGCGAGGACGUCUACAGUCACUUCGAGGACGUCUACAGUCACUGCGAGGACGUCUACAGUCACUGCGAGGACGUUUACUGUCAGUGCAAGGACGUCUACAGUCACUUCGAGGGAGUCUACAGUCACUGCGAGGACGUUUACUGUCACUGCGAGGACGUCUACAGUCACUGCGAGGACGUCUACUGUCACUGCGAGGACGUCUACAGUCUCUGCGAGGACGUCUACAGUCACUUCGAGGGCGUCUACAGUCACUGCGAGGACGUCUACAGUCACUGCGAGGACGUUUACUGUCACUGCGAGGACGUCUACAGUCACUGUGAGGACGUCUACAGUCACUGCGAGGACGUUUACUGUCACUGCGAGGGCGUCUACAGUCACUGCGAGGACGUCUACAGUCACUGCGAGGACGUCUACAGUCACUGCGAGGACGUUUACUGUCACUGCGAGGACGUCUACAGUCACUGCGAGGACGUCUACAGUCACUGCGUGGACGUUUACUGUCACUGCGAGGACGUCGCCUGUCGCAACAAACUUGUGCUUUCUGGUCACUUGAAGUUGUCUGUUGGUUUGUUAUUCAUCAAAACUGACCAAUCAAACUUCUUUUCUUCUUUUAAUAUAAAGAUCCACCUUAAAUCACAGAAUAACAAACGUGAACACGUCAGCUCGUCUCUGUUCACUGGUUCUGGUUCUGACCUGACCCCCUUCCUGUUCUGGUCUCUGUUUCAGGACUGUGGUCUGCAGGUCCAGCCUGGUCGGUCCUGUGGUCUCCAGCCUUUCAUCGAGUCCCAGAAUUCAUUUCAGACCUGCAGCUCAGGUCACGAACCAGGUCGGUGGGUGGUUCCGUGUCUCAGCUGUUCUGACAACAGGACGUGUGAUUGGAGAGAGGUUGCCUGGCAACCAGACGGUUGUUAUCACCCGUUAGUGGACCGCCCCCUGCUGCAGGACUGUAUGACAGACAGGAAGGUGUUGUUCAUCGGCGACUCAACCAAUCGUGGGAUGAUGUACUUCCUGAUGGAGCGAGUGAACUCCAGUCUGGAGGACUGGGGCAAAGCCCACGACCUGCUGGUCUACAGGAACCUGAACCUGGGCCGGACUCUGGUCAGCUACUCGUACUAUCCUCAGUUCUGGUUGGAGAAGAAGCUCCGCCCGACGUUCAGACAGGCUCUGAUGCAGCUGCUCAACAGGUCACGACCUCUGCUGAACUCCAACCGGACGGUUCUGGUGGUCGGAGGAGUUCAGUGGCUCAACACCGCUCACCUGAGGACAGUCAGAGAGGUUCUGCACAGAGAGUCUCUCAGUGAAGUUCUGGUUCUGGUGAAGUCUUUGGGGAUGGGUUUCCAUCUUCCUGUGGACGGGAUCCGAUCUCUCAGUCUGAAAGCGAUCCAGGAGCUCUACAGGGAGAACCAGAACAUCAUCACCACUGCAAAGCACUAUGGAUAUGAGGUGAUCGACACGUUCAGCAUCACGAUGGGUCGAUACAAAGAGUUCCUGCAGGGUCGAUGCGCCUGCCACUUUCACGAGGUGGAAAAGCUUUGGUCUUCUACGGUGUCCACAACCAACAGAACCCGAACCACCAGGACCGGACCUGGACUCAGCAGCCAAUCAGCCGUGCUGGACACGGACCAGGAGGCGUGGCCUAAAGCCUUGUCCUAUCACGUGAGAGGACCAGUGAACCAGGUGUACUCUGAGAUCCUGUUGAGCCGCCUGUGUUCCAGAACCAGAAAGACUGAAGACAACAGUCUUUAAAGACUGGUCUUUAAAGACUGUUGUGGUCUUUCUCUCCUGGACUGAACCAAGUGAACAGGAAACAACAAUGAACUUAAAGUGACAUAAAAGAAAGAAAAACUUAUAAAAAAUUAUACAUAUAUAAUAACUUGAGCUGUUUCUAAAGAAAUCAACAAAAAUUUCAACAUUCUCACGAGCUUGAGUCUGAUGAUGUCAUGCAUCAGUCUGAUGAUGUCAUGCAUCAGUCUGAUGAUGUCAAACAUCAGUCUGAUGAUGUCAUACAUCAGUCUGAUGAUGUCACUCUCAUAUAUAUUGAUAUUUAUAUACCUCAGUCUUUGACUCUAUCGUGUAUAUCAGCUCAUAUUCAGCACCAAAGACUCGAUGAUGACUUCAUCACGUGAAACAAACGUCUUAUUUCGUUCUUUGUUCAUAUUUUUAUAUUUUUCUACAGAUGAUCUCUGAACUCGUUUACACGCUGGACACAGAAUAUAUGAAUAUUUAUACAAAUGUUAUAAAAUAUAAAAUGUGAAAACAUGAAAUCUCUUUUUAUUUCAAACUUUUUUUUAUUCCACAGAAAUGUAAA